ACUACUAGGAUAGAUUAUGAGCGCUAUUUAGCUAACAGCAAGUGCAAGUACAAGCUAUACUUUAAUCUAUUGCACUCUAAGAUACAUGAGCACAGUGUUAAUAAGUGUAACAUGUACAAUAUAAAAAGAAAGGCUUCUUUAUUAGCAUUAACAGUUGCACUAAAAGGAUAG